GUUGUCAUGCACGAACUCAUGGGCAAAUACAGCCAUCCGGACAUGGACUUGCUAAAGGAUCAGCUAAAGCGUGUCGGCUACAUGGGCGCCCUUGGGCCGCCCACCCCUGGCGCCGCCGCCCCCGCCACCUCGCCCUUCCUGAUGCCCGCCGAAUUCUACAAGAGCCUGUUCGCCAGCGCCGUUCUACAGCAACAGCAGCAACACAAGCUCUACGCCGGAACGCCCUCGCCCAGUCCAGCACCCAGCUUGUCACCCUCUUCAGGUCGCUCGCAUCCACAUCCACCCAGCAAUUUGUUAUUUUCCACGGCGGCCGAAGCGACCGCUUGUGUUCCGGAGAAUGGUCCAGUGAAGACGGAGCUCGAAGAGCCGGAUCAAGAGACCCAGGAAAACGGAGGACAAGAGGAGCAGAAACCCAUCAUCGAAGAGAACCCAACAGCCAGUAAGCCGCACAACAGCAACAACAACAACGGCUACUCGUGGUCCACCGGCAACAACAACGAGGCUGUCAGCAACAACAAUAACAACAGCCACCCAACAACACCACCCACUCCGCCCAACGAGGCGGGCGCCACCCAAGCGACUUCAGUGUCCGCAAUUAAUUUGAAUCAAGCCCAACCCGCAUCACAGACGCGUCCAAACUUUGGCAGCUCCAUAAAGUCACCACCAUCAGAACCGGACGCGGUCACCGUAGCCACGUGCAAAAGUCAGGAGAACCACUCCAGCCAACAGCCCAUAUCCGACCCCAACUCCGAUCCCAACCCGGCCCAGAGCCCCACUUCGAAUUCAACGGCCGCUGCCGUGGCCGCCGCUGCCGCCGCCGCUGCCGCUGCCAACAUGCCGAUCGGCGGCGUCCAGGGCCAGAAUCCCACCCAGGGGCUGGUCCACUGGAUGAGCGCCGUGAUGGCCGAGCACAUGACCGGCCAGACGCACCACGAUCCCGGCGCCGUGGGCAUGCACUACAUGUGGAACGGCAACGUUGACCAUGCCAAAGACAUAAGCGAUUACAAUCUUUGGCCGCCAACGCCGCGUAGUCAUCAGCAUGCCAGCGAGCAUCAUCCGAUGUCCCUGAAGCAGGAGUACGAGGCCAAAAUGAACGAUCACCACCACAACAAUCUGCAGAAAGGUCACUUUCUGGAUGACAAUCGUCUGGAGCAUCAUGCGGUUACGGGACAAGGUGGCCUGGGCCUGGGUGCAUCCAACGGAGUUGGAGGAGGAGGCGGUGGUGCCUCUGUGGGUGGCAAUUCCAGCCUUGGCGCCAGUUCGCACCACGCCGCCGCCGCCGCCCAUCAUCACAACCAGGCGGUGGCAGCUGCCUCGGCGGCCGCUUUGCUGGUGGUUCCCCAGCCGAUCAACGCCAGCAAAAUGGGCGGACCCGGCGGUGUCGCCUCGGUGGCCGGCGGACAUGCCACUGGCGGUGGCAGCGGACGCAAGUAUCAGUGCAAAAUGUGCCCCCAGAUCUUCAGCUCGAAGGCAGAUCUGCAGCUGCACACCCAGAUCCACAUGCGGGAGGCGAAGCCGUAUAAGUGCACCCAGUGCUCGAAGGCCUUCGCCAACUCAUCGUAUCUGUCGCAACACACGCGGAUCCACCUGGGCAUCAAGCCGUACCGCUGCGAGAUCUGCCAGCGGAAGUUCACGCAGCUCUCGCACCUGCAGCAGCACAUCCGGACGCACACGGGCGACAAGCCGUACAAGUGCCGGCAUCCCGGCUGCCAGAAGGCCUUCUCGCAGCUUUCCAACCUGCAGUCGCACUCGCGGUGCCACCAGACGGACAAGCCGUUCAAGUGCAACUCCUGCUACAAGUGCUUCUCGGACGAGCCCUCGCUGCUGGAGCACAUCCCCAAGCACAAGGAGUCGAAGCACCUGAAGACGCACAUCUGCCAGUACUGCGGCAAGUCCUAUACCCAGGAGACCUACCUGACCAAGCACAUGCAGAAGCACGCGGAGCGGACGGACAAGCGGCCGCCGAUUGCGCCGGGCAGUGCGGCGGCCAUUGCAGCGGCAGCCGCUGCUGCUGCCAACGGUGGAGCGGGCAACCCCGCCAACGGACCUCCCCCACCCCCCAAUCCCGCCCAGCAUCAGCGCAACAACCUGGGCCUGCCCCCCGUCUCGAUUGCGACCAGCGACAACGGCUACUGGCCGAAGGUAAGUCCGGAUUCUGCCGCUGCCGCCAAUGCCAUGGAGGUGAUGCACCAGCAGCAGCAACAGCAGCAGCAACAACAACAGCAGCAGCAACAGCAGCAGGCCCACCACCACCAUCCGCAGCACGGAGUCCCGCCGCAGCAACAUGUCCCGCCCCAGCAGCAGCAGCAACAGCAGCAGCAGCAACACCACCAUCCACAGCAGCAACCGCCCCCGCAGCACAGUAUGGAGGCCCAUUACGCUCAGCCGACGGCGCCCAACGGAGCCCAGAGCAACGGACACGGACCGGAGUUGCAGCCCCAUCAUCGCAUGCCCGAUCCCGUGAGGGAAGAUAUAGUUUCGACCCCAAGUGCCGUGGGGCCCUAUGACGCCGCAUCCAUCACGAAAACCACCAGCAACUCGGCCUUCACGCCGAUUAACUCGAUGCCGCCGCACUUGAACUCGCUGAGCCACCACCCGAUGGCCCAGCGACCCUAUCUCUACGAUGCCAUCAGCUUUCCGAACAAGAACGUGAACCAGAACAACGCCAACGCGUUCCCCAACCAGCUGAUCUCGCUGCACCAGAUCCGGAACUACGCCCACCAGCCGGCGGGUCUGAUGGCGGGGGAGCAUCUGCUGGGCGUGAGCGUGGGUCCUGGGAAGGACAAGGGAUAGCUAGGGGCCUACUUCUAAGUUGGUAGUUUAUACAUUAUUUCUCCAAGCAGAGACGAGGCGUGCAUUCCUGUACAGUAUUAAUUUGUAGUUAGUCGUAGCUCGUAUCGGACAUUUUGUAAUUUUUCUAGAUCUUAUUUCGGUUAAGUUAAGGGUGUUCUCGUGCACCCGAUAAGCAAACUGUAAAUGGCCAACGAUACGUACUCUAAUUUGACCAACACCGUCCAUACCUAUGUUUACACAAUGGCUUGGAAAACGAGCACCAAAUCGCGAUUAACUGGCGAGCAAUCAAUGUAAAUCCUGCGUUCUACGAGCAUACAAAUUCUGUCCAGCGAAAGUUUUCCUAUCGAGUUAUUGGUUUUCCCAGACCUCGUCUAUUGCCGCCUGUAAAUAUAAUUGAAAAGUAAGUUAUUAUUGAUGCACAAACGGAUCUCGCAGUCUUGAAUCAAGGGCAGAAGUCAGAAGCUGCAAACUAAGCCGAUAUAUGUACAUAGAUAUACAUGAACCUAAAGGAACUUACCGGCAAACGUAAUUACAUUUAAAUACAAAUCUUCAUAUAUAUUUGUUUAGGUGUAUCGUAUUAAAUACAGACAUUUCUGAGAAAAUCUUCUCGAGAAACAAAACACAAAAAGCAAAAAAAUUCAUGAAAUCAAAUGUGUUUACUACUAUAGACGAAACUAUGCGAUAGAUGACAACUAUUUUGAAAGAAUCUUUUCUAAGUAUAUGUUGGCAGUUGCGAAAACAGAAGCAGGAAAAGGAAAAUAAAACCGAACAGAGAUGUUGUAUUACUUUUUGGAAAGACUGAAGUGAUCAAAAUUAACGAACAAGAAGAGGAAAUAAAGAAAAAUCAAACAUUUUAAAGAGCGUUUUUACCGCAGUUACUAAGCAAACUGAAUGUGUCCUAUAAAAUUUCGUACUAAAUGGCAGAUACUAAACCUAAACGUAAUUACGAGUAUGACAACAUCAAAUGUAAUGUAUUAUUAAAUAAAAUAAUUUUAAUUUUAAUCUUAAUCUAAAGUAAAUUUAAACUAACCCAUAGCUAGUGUUUAACUCCAGAAUGCAAUCUCAAUGUAAAGACAAACCCGAAAAUGGAACACAAAACAAAAAUCCUACAGUUAAGUGAAUAGCAAAAUGAACUCUGAACCACACACACCACACGCAUUAAAUAGAAACAUUUGGGGUAUUCA